ACUUAUAGAUCAGUAAUUCUGAAACAAUAUUAUAACUGGCAAUGUCGAUGUCCAAGGACGAUAAGGAGGCUGGAAUUAUAGUUUCAGACGGUAUUGUCGAGUGCUCUGUGGAUUAUCAAGGCAACCCAUCCGUUAGAUCAACCUCGGGUGGAUGGAGAUCUUCUGGCUUCACCAUUGGUGCGGAAAUGGCGGAGAAAUUUGCUUACUUCGGGGUAGCCUCAAAUCUGAUGACCUACUUCACGGGGCCGCUACAAGAGUCGACCGCGGUUGCAGCCUCAAAUGUCAACCUCUGGCUCGGAACAGCGGCUUUUUUGCCUUUGGUAUGGGGUUCUAUUGCCGACUCGUUUCUUGGCCGUUUCCGUACCAUCCUUUUAACCUCUUCUUUCUACAUAAUGGGACUUGGGUUGCUUACUUUUGCAGCGACGAUUCCCGAUCUCUGUGCAGAUCAAGAAACACAUGAUUCGUGCGUUUCACAAGUCAAAGUAGUAGUUUUCUUUUGUGCUCUCUAUCUGAUUGCGUUGGGUGAAGGAGGUUUCAAGGUAUGUCUUAGAGCUUUCGGAGCAGAUCAGUUUGAUGAACAAGACCCUGUAGAGUCCAAAGCCAAGAGUACUUACUUUAACUGGUUGUAUUUUGCGAUAUCAACCGGCAUAUUGACCACUCGGUUGGUCAUCAAUUAUGUCCAAGAGAAUCUGAGUUGGGCUUUAGGAUAUGGGAUUCCAUGCCUCUCCAUGAUGCUUGCUCUGUUCUUGUUCUUGCUUGGAAUCAAAACUUAUCGCUUCAGCUCUGGAGGAGAAGGUAGACAUGGAAAAAAACAUAACAACCCUUUUGUUAGAAUUGGACGUGUCCUUAUUGCUGCAGCCAAAAACCGACGACAAACUUCUUCGGAUGAGACUUGUCUUCUUCUGCCUGACGAAAGUUCGAAUAAAUACAGAUUCUUGAACAGAGCGGCUAUUUCGUGCGAUUCAUACGAAGUUGAGGAAGCAAAAGCUGUGUUGAGUCUCAUUCCAAUAUGGAUGUGUAGUUUAGUGUUUGGCAUUGUGUAUGGACAAUCUCCUACUUUCUUCACAAAGCAAGGUUCUACAAUGGACAGAUCAAUCACACCAACACUCUUAGUCCCUGCAGCUACACUCCAAUGCUUCAUAAGCCUUGCAAUACUCAUCUUCAUCCCAAUCUAUGACCGUUUAUUCGUCCCAAUCGCACAAUCAUUCACUCAUAAACCAGCAGGGAUCACAACGCUUCAGAGAAUUUCCACAGGCAUUUUUCUAUCAAUUAUUUCAAUGGUGACAGCUGCUUUGGUCGAGAUGAAAAGGCUCAAGACCGCUCGAGAUCACGGACUGCUUGAUACGCCUGAAGCCAUUGUCCCAAUGAGCGUUUGCUGGCUGAUUCCACAAUACGUUCUCUUUGGAGUGUCUGACGUUUUCACUAUGGUUGGAUUACAAGAAUUUUUCUAUGGACAAGUCCCGGUCGAGCUUAGGAGCAUGGGACUGGCUCUAUACAUAAGCAUAAUCGGCAUAGGAAACUUCUUAAGUAGCUUCAUGAUAUCCGUCAUCGAGAUGGCCACAAGCCAGUCCGGUCAAGCGAGCUGGUUCGAUAAUAACCUGAACCAGGCACAUCUUGAUUACUUCUAUUGGCUACUUGCUUGUCUCAGCUCCAUGUCCUUCGUUUGUAUUGUCUAUCUCUCCAAGUCGUAUGUCUACAACAACCCAAAGUAAACUCUCUAGCGAUCUUGAGGAAUAGUUAAUGUUAUACGUUGAGUGACAUGAAAGAGAUUAGAUGGGAAAUAGUGAGACGGAUGGAUAAAUGAAAUAGUAUUCACAAUUUAUUUUGAUUGUUAAAUCA